CCACACACUUUAUCGAAAAUGGUUAGCAAGAAAGACGGGAACGAGAGGAAGUCAUUCUAACUGUUUUACCUGUUUUUCUAGAGAGAGAAUUGGUAAAAGGAAGAAAACUCCCCAGAGACUGGGGACAUGCAUUGAAAAAAAACAAAAAAAAACAAAAAAAAAAAAAAACAGACAGAGAAGAAGGGGGGCCUUUGUCUCUCAAUAACUUCCCAGUGAAAGGAAUUUUUGUUUCUCUCUGUCUCUCUCACGCUCAGCCGUUGUUGUUCGUCUCCCUGAAUGCCUUCACCAGUAUUCAGGUCAUUUGUGGCGACUAUUAAGCGGAGGAGCGAGGGAACCAACACGAUGGGUUCAGAGAUAGCAAUGUGGUUAUUUGACUUUUGCAGCCUCCUAUACGCAAAUUGGAUACAAUGUGAAGGAUGUUCUACCCAAGGAAGACUAAUUCUCUAGGGAUAUAACACUGAUUAAAGAAGCUCCCUUUAGCAUGCACUUUAAUUGUUGUUGUUUUUACUUGAAUGAGAUUCAACAAGAUGGCUGUUGCUAUCAAUCCUCAAAAUCAUGGGUUCAAGCAAUUUGUUAGACCUCCGAGGUGUAAAAUUCCAUCAUUCUCUCAGCUCGACUACAACAACGUUCUUGAAUCAAGCCAAACAAACCUUACACAUCCCUUACAUAAUGUUCCUUUUGAAUUCCCCAACAUCCACAAAAGUUAUUCCACACCGUGCUUAUCAAGAUCAGAAGAAGAUAUUGAAAAUAAUCCGAGAAUUGAAAUCAUUGGUGGCCAUCGAGCUCCUAAAGUGCACGUGUUAGUUGUUGAGGUUGCUAUAGCUAUGGCUUCCGGAAUCAAACCUGAGUUACUAUCAAGUGGCCUAGGUGGGGCCUACCUUUUUCGUGCGACAAAUGGUAAUGCAAUAGCAGUGGCAAAACCUGCUGAUGAGGAACCUCUAGCUUUGAAUAAUCCGAAAGGAUUUGCAGGUCGGAUGUUAGGCCAACCGGGCAUGAAACGUUCCAUUAAGAUAGGCGAAACUGGUGUUCGCGAAUCAGCUGCCUAUCUUCUUGAUCAUGAUGGAUUUGCUGGUGUUCCUCCAACAACAUUAGUCAAAAUUUCUCAUGUUACCUUCAAUAUAAACGAUUCACAAUCGCUUUCUACUUCAACUUAUAAAAUUGCCUCGCUUCAACGGUUUAUGGAGCAUGAUUAUGAUGCAGGAGACUUAGGCGCUUCAGGAUUUUCAGUGGCUUCAAUUCAUCGUAUUGGGAUAUUGGAUAUACGUCUUCUCAAUCUUGACAGGCAUGCUGGAAAUAUCCUGGUGAAGCACGGGAAAGAAAACUAUGCUGUUGAUUCUGCUGAACUUGUACCUAUAGAUCAUGGACUUUGCUUGCCAGAAUCACUUGAUGAUCCGUAUUUCGAAUGGCUGCAUUGGCCUCAAGCCUCCAUUCCAUUUUCAGACUCUGAAAUGGAGUAUAUAUGUGGUCUUGAUCCGUUUAAGGAUGCGGAUUUACUACGAAGUGAACUUCCUUCUAUUAGGGAAUCAUCCAUUCGGGUUCUCGUGGUGUGCACUAUUCUUUUGAAGCAAGCUGCUACUUCAGGGCUUUGCUUAGCUCAAAUCGGAGAAAUGAUGACUCGAAAAUGUUAUGGUGGACAGGAAGAAUGGAGUGCAUUAGAAAAGAUGUGUUUCAGUGCCAAGGUUAAGAUGGAGAGUAAAAUAAAAGAGGACAAUCAGAGUAUCGGUGAAGAGAAAGAAAACAAUGUUGGAGUUUUUCAGUUUGAUUAUGAAGACGGAGAUGACUCAAAUCAAGAAGUUGAGGAAGCUGAUGAAAUCAUACAAGGCAGCUCUGCUAUAACAGCUAAGCCACCGAAAAUUCCAAGAUUUUCGUCUGUUAGGUCUAUGAGUAGACUAGUCGAUCCAUUAGCGUUUCAUUGUGAAGAAGAAUGCGAUUUCCUAAACAACAAUUCUCGCAAUGAUGAUGGUGCUAAGGAGGACGAUAUCAACGAUGAUGACAGUCAGAAAGCUGGUGUCCUAUUGAGGAGCAUGAGCUUUGGUACAAAAAAUUACAAGAAUGAUGGUGAAGGGAUUUCUUUUGGUGAAAUGAGUAGUGAACAAUGGAGCUUAUUCUUAGAGGUUUUUGAGAAGCUUUUGUCUGAGGCUUUUGAAGGCAAAAACUGCAUGUGUUUGUCAAAGCAAAGAUUGGGAUCUUCUUGUGAAUUCUGAAGAGAAUAUUUGGUUUAUGAGAAGAGUUCCACCUGUAUUUACAACAAAUGUAAAAUACCAGCCAAAGUACUCAAGGUAGAAUGUAGAUAGUUAGCAUAAAUGGCAAAGAGAUGGGCAAAUUUGCCAUCCUUUCCACACCUUUAUUUAUUAGUCUUCUGUUUUUUUUUUUUUCUACUUCUCUGCAGAAGUUGAUCUCUCUCUUUGCUUUUUCAUUGUUUAAAAUGCCAACCCCAAAUAGUUUGGGAGUGAGGCGUAAUUAUUGUUGUGUUUUUCAUCAUUUAAAAUACAAAAACUAGAGAAUUCUAUGUUCUUUGACACAAUUUGAUAUUAUGUUGUAUGAAUUGUAAAUUGUAUGUAUUGAACGACGGUUUCAAAUAAAUUUUCAAGUUUUUU